GGAGUAUAAAUACGGGUCGGAUUGUCUUUAGAGUAAAUUCUUUACCGUCAUUUACUUAGAAAGUUGAUCUGAAGAAAACAGAAAAUCUACAUGAUGUCCAAGUUAAACAUCUUUCUUGUUCUUGUUUUAAGCGUGUGUGCGCUUGGACAGAAAGCAAACAACACACUCAACGCACCAGCGAUUGCAGGAACAUGGAAGAAUGAACUCGGAUCAACAAUGGUUAUUAAACAAAAAGGAAGAAAUUUGGUCGGGAAGUAUUGUACAGCAGUGAGUCGCUAUCCUUUGAAACGCCCGACAUUUGAUUUAGUGGGACUCGUUGGGCUUGGUACACCAACCUCAAUUGGAUGGGUUGUGACCUACACGAGCAAAGACAAAAUUUCCACUUCUACAGCGGCAUGGUCAGGACAGUAUCGUUUAAAAGCUGGAAAACAAGUCAUACUCACUACAUGGACCUUGACGGCGCCAGCUAAAAAGGAGAACGCCAUAUGGGCAUCAACUAAUAUUGGACAAGACAACUUUCAUAGAGUGAAACCUGAUCAAACAUGCAAGUUCUAAAAUUUAAAUGAAAAUUUUUUUCCUGUAUUAACUUUUUUGUCUUAAAGAUAUUAUCUGUGAAA